UGUAUAUUUGUCUAUACCAUACACAUUAUGAAAGUCGGCUGGUUCCUAAACUCAGCACUAAAUGACCAAGUGUAUCAUCUGGCUCAACAAUGGAACCCUAACACUGCAACAGCGGUAGGCAAGGGCUUGAUGAAGAAAAAUAUGACUGAUUUUCUUUCUCCUGGACUGUCUAAAAACCCAGGGAUCAGCUUUUCUAUUUUUGAUGAUCCUCCCAGUGUAGAACAGUGUACCAGUGAGAACAGUGACCAUCAAUAGUCGUUUCGACUUUUUGUAUAUCUUGCUUAUUAGUAUAUUUGUUAACAGUAUGUUGUACCUUCAUCUUUGUUGAUUUCCGUUUGCAU